AUUAUCAUUUUUAUUUCAAAUCUUCUUGGCCGUUAAUAUCUCAUUACUCCCUCCUACCCACAACAUCUAUACUGGAUUAGUCUACAGAGAAAUAAAAUACUACUAUUUUGUUUAACUUUCACACAAAACAAACUAACCAAUUUAAUGAAUGAAACAUUUUGAAAAACCAGCACUGACAAAGCAAAUACUAGGUAUAUUUUGAAUUAUUUUAAACAUAAUGAAAAAUACUUGCUAAAAUUAGAAGAGGAAAAAUCAAAUAUUUUGAUUAGUGAUUUACAAAUAUAUGGACGAGCAAUACAAUCUCAUGGUGAAAUUGUAAUUGCAAUGUUAGAAGCUUUAAGAUCAGAAGAUUGGAGGGAUUAUCCAUCAUCUCUUAUGAAUGUAAAUUUAUACUUGAAUAACGUUUCAGGAUCUGUAGAAAUGAGUUUUAAAAAUAAAAAUGGUAAAUUUGAUGAUUCGAAUAGAAUAUUAAAUUUACUAGAAGGAUUUUUAAUGAUACAUAAAGCUAUAGUAAAACGCUUGGAAUGUUUUAUCCUCAGCACAUGUUCUGGUACAUCUUUUGAGGAAGUAUUUACGAAUUGCCCGGAUUUCAAUAAGAAAAAAGAUUAUAGAAUUAAAUUUCUCCCUGAUAUUGUAGAAAAACUAAAAAACAGGUUUUCUAUUACUGACUUGCAACUCAAAGAUUACAGAUUAAAAUUAAAACACAGUGAAGUAUUUAGAAUAUUGAAAUUAGCAAUGAAAAAUGAUUCUCGAUGGGAUUUCCAUCCCAAAAAAUUGUUAUACUACGAUUUAAUGAUGGGGCAGCAAAUAUUUGGUGAACGAAAUCUCUUGUCUAGUGCACAAUAUAGAAAAAUACCAGAAGUAAAAGAUUGUCACGUCGUUAAUGUUAUAGACUAUUUUAAAUUUGCACAACUUACAUAUAAGUGUCCCGAUGAUUCUUAUGUAACACUUUUUGACGUGUUUCGUUACAUGAAAUACAAUUUUAAUGCAAAACAAUUACAAGGAUAUCAAGAGCUAGUGCUAGCUUCAACUAUUCGGCCAAUUUUAUUAGUUGUCCGUAUGUAUAUUUCAUUUUUAAAAACAUUUGAUGAUUUUUGCAAAUCUUCGUGGUAUGAUAAAAGUAAAAAUAAUCUAGAUCAAAUCCGUAUUAGCCUCACAGAAAUUGGUACAGCAAUAAUUAAACAAAUUAAAUAUUUCAAUAAACAAUUUAUAAUUCAAAAACUACCGAAAACUUAUUUAAAUAAUAUUUGUAAUGAUAUUCGUAAUAUUAUUGGUAAAGAUAUAUCUCAGUCUUAUCGUACAUUGGACUGCAUAAUGUUAUCUACGAAGACCUUUUUUUAUAAUAAUAAACUAAAUAAUUAUUGUGGUAUAAUAAUGGAUUAUAAAACUACUCAUUUUAAUAAUAUUGUUCAACUCUAUAACAUGUUUUCCCAACGUGUUAGUGAAAUGUCAACAUACCUAAUCGAACUGGACAAAUACAAAGAGUCUCUUCAUGUAGUGAAUAAAACACGAAACAUAUCUUCCUUUUAUUUUUCAAGGAGCAGUUAUGAAAUUUUCAAACCCUAUUUAACUAUGAUAAAUCGGUUAUGCAGCCCGAAUAUAUACAAUGAAAUAUAUAACAUGGAGACUACUGAAUCUAUUAAUGAUGAAACAUCUAGAAUUAAUACGGUAAAUCAAGAUACUGUCGAUAACGAAAAACAAACAGAUAUCCAAAAUAAUGAAGACUUAUCAGAACUUAAUAUUCCACAGCCAAAAUAUAUGAUCGAUUACAUUUUAUUUAUACAAUAUUCAUAAUAUUUCGUAAGUGGUUGUAAUUUUGUUGAUAUUAUUUUAUUAAUCAAUUAUACAUAUAUAUAUAUAUGUGUGUGUAUGUGUGUGCGUGUGUUAUUAUAAAAUUCAAUGUUACUUUUAGCUCAAAUAAACUAAGUUACCUAAACAUUAAGCGUUGUAAUUAGAAUUUUAAAAAAAACGAUAGCAUAGUGGAGUCACGGUAUAAAUAUAUUUUAUAAACCAGGACAGUGAGGAUGUG